AUGUCCUCAAAUAUGAUGCUUCAAAAAAUGCUGGUGUUGACAUCUCUUUUAGUAGUUGCUUGGAUAAUUUUCACAAUUUCUCAAAACUCCACAAAACUUUGGUCUGCUCUAAAUAUAUCCAUCUCCUUCCAUCACAUGAAUACCUCUACAAAAUCCUCAUGCCCUGAAACACCAACAACACCAGUCAAGUCACCAACAGAGACUGAGCUACGAGUCAGGGAGAUCGCGAAGAAACUAGACCAGCUAAUCCCACCCAGACCCUUCACCCAUGUGAAUACCACCACCAGCACCAAACACAGCACAGCCACCAUCCUCAAUCCUCAAGACACAUACUGCAGGGGGGACUUGUUGGAUGUCCUACUGGAGGCUAGGGACCACCUGGGACACAGGAAGAAAUAUGGUGGGGACUUCCUGAGGGCCAGGAUGUCCUCCCCAGCCCUGAAAGCAGGAGCUUCAGGAAAGGUGACAGAUUUCAACAACGGCACCUACCUUGUCACCUUCACUCUGUUCUGGGAGGGCCAGGUAUCCCUGUCUGUCCUACUCAUCCACCCAAGUGAAGGGGUGUCUGCUCUCUGGAGAGCAAGGAACCAAGGCUAUGACAGAAUUACAUUCCUGGGUAAAUUCAUUAAUGGUACCUCCCAAGUUAUCACAAAAUGUCACCUGGUGCCAAACUCAAACUCUGAAUUAUGUGAAUAUCUGUAUGGUAGAGGCCAAGAAGUCUUCUAUUGCACGAAGCCUCAACACAUGCCCUGUGAUGCCCUAACCCAUGUGUCUACCAGAAAUCAAAAAGUUUCAUAUCUUACUGUCAAAGAAAACAUCCUCUUCCAGAAGUCCAAAGUGGGAGUUGAAAUGAUGAAAGACUUUAAACAUAUUCAUGUCUCCCAGUGUAACAAGAGUGAAAACAUAAAAGAAAAAUGCCAAAUUGGAAUGGAGAUUCCUGUACCUGGUGGCUAUACUUUACAACGAAAAUGGAUAACAACAUCUUGCAGACAGAUUCAGUUGGAUACAAAUAAGAUAAAUGGAUGCUUGAAAGGAAAACUCAUUUACCUCCUGGGAGACUCUACCCUGCGCCAGUGGAUUGAGUACUUACCCAAAGUUAUGAAAACACUGAAAUUUUUUGAUCUUCAUGGAACUGGAUAUUUUAAGAAAUAUUUGCUAAUGGAUGCUUCAAGACAUACUCAGAUUCAAUGGAAAAAACAUAGCUAUCCUUUUCUCACUGUUCAGUUCUACUCUGUGAUAGAUGAUGGUUAUAUUGCUCGGGAAAUUGACCGGAUAUUAGGCGACAGAAACACAGCCAUCGUCAUUACCUUCGGCCAGCACUUCAGACCCUUCCCCAUCAACAUGUUCAUUCGCAGAGCCAUCAAUAUCCGAAAGGCCAUUGAACGACUGUUCCUAAGAAGCCCAGACACCAAAGUAAUCAUUAAGACAGAAAAUGUCAGGGAGACAUUGAACACAGAUAUAGAGAGGUUUACAAACUUCCAUGGUUACAUCCAAUAUCUUAUCAUGAAGGACAUUUUCAAAGACCUCAAUGUGGGUGUCAUCGAUGCCUGGGACAUGACCAUUGCAUAUGAUGCCAAUAUGCUCCAUCCACCUGAUUAUGUUGUUGGAAAUCAGAUUGACAUGUUCUUAAACUACAUUUGCUAA